GUAGUUUAAUUCUUAACCAUGUCGGGUCGCGGCAAGCAAGGAGGCAAGGCCCGCGCCAAGGCCAAGUCGCGCUCGUCCCGCGCCGGGCUGCAGUUCCCGGUGGGGCGGGUGCACCGGCUGCUGCGCAAGGGCAACUACGCCGAGCGUGUGGGCGCCGGCGCGCCCGUGUACAUGGCCGCCGUGCUCGAGUACCUGACGGCCGAGAUCCUGGAGCUGGCGGGCAACGCGGCCCGCGACAACAAGAAGACUCGCAUCAUCCCGCGCCACUUGCAGCUGGCCAUCCGCAACGACGAGGAGCUCAACAAGCUGCUGGGCAAAGUCACCAUCGCGCAGGGCGGCGUGUUGCCCAACAUCCAGGCCGUGCUGCUGCCCAAGAAAACCGAGAGCCACAAAGCCAAAAGCAAAUAAGUCCGAAAA